GUUGUGUUUUCGCCGGGGAGAGAAAAAAAUUUAAAAAAAGGAGGUAUUUUUUUCUUCAAAGUUGAGCCGAAGAGGAGUUCUCUCGUUCAGGAUGUCGGACUGAGACAAAGGGGUCUGGGGGGCAUUCCCGUCGGAGCGCAGGUAAAACUUGAUUCUUGAAGUCUCCUCUGGAUGGGAAAGAUGGAAAGGGAGUUGCAAUGGUGGAAAGGACAGCUGGCUGCAGAUAUCCAUCAAUCCCUCCGCAUCAAGGAGCUGAAGCUACCGGUUUACCGGGCCCACUCUCCACAGAUUGGUAUGCGCCGGUACUUUGCAGACUUGUUGGCCAUCCUGAGUAAUCGCUACCAGCUAUGUCCUACAGCGCGACACCUCGCCGUCUACCUGCUGGACUUGUUCAUGGACCACUAUGAUGUAGCUGUUAAGCAGCUCUAUGUCAUCGCCCUCUCCUGUCUGCUCCUAGCAAGUAAAUUUGAGGAGAAGGAGGACCGGGUUCCCAAACUGGAGCAGCUAAACUCACUGGGAUUCAUGUGCAGCCUGAACCUGGUUCUCAACAAGAAGGAUCUGAUCAAAAUGGAGCUCCUGCUGCUGGAGACCUUUGGCUGGAAUCUGUGCAUGCCAACACCCGCCCAUUUCAUUGACUACUACCUCCAUGCCUCAGUGCAGGAGGGCGACCUAUACAACGGCUGGCCGCUCUCCUCCCUCUCUAAGACCAAGGCUUUCAUGGAGAAAUACACUCACUACUUUCUGGAGGUCUCAUUGCAAGACCACGCCUUCCUGAGUUUCCGACCAUCGCAGGUUGCUGCUGCGUGUGUGGCUGCAUCUCGUAUUUGCCUUCAGAUUUCCCCAAGCUGGACGACUGCUCUGCAUUUACUAACAGGCUACACCUGGGACCACCUCACCCAGUGCAUUGAACUCAUGCUGCUUGCUCAUGAUAACGAUGUUAAGGAGGCCAACAAGACCAAAUCCACUCCUCCUCACCGACCCUCGUCUCUGCAGUCUCAGCCCCAGACCUCUCACCUCUCUCCGCUGUCAGCCAUCCAGAGACCAGCCUCCUCCUCCUCUUCCUCCACCUCCUCGACACCACAGCUGCUCUUUCAGCCGGAUGGCUUCCCACACAUUUCCCAGCAUUCCCCAUCCCUGUCCCAGCUGCAAGCGUUAGCCGACUCCCAGGCUUUGGGGCCUGUGGUAAACAUGUCUCAGGACUUCCUUCAGAGCCACAGGAUGGGUCUCCUCACUGGGGCUCCUUCCAUGACUCCUGGGGGUGGGUUCCCCUCCUACCCAAGCCUGACCUCUGGUCUCCAGCCGGGAGCUCGAGCUCUGCCGCUCCAGGGCCCCAUUUCUGUGCAAAUGGCCCUUGCUGGGGAGCCGCGCCAUUGUCUGAGUAUGGCCUAUAGCGGAGGCUACCUGGGGGCUCAUCACACUUUCACAGCUGGCUGCUUUGACAGGUGACGCCAGGAGACGGAGAGGGAACACAAACCCCUGCGGGAGUGCACUGCUAUAAUGCAGGCGCAAAUCCCUACCCCGAAAUAUCCCUUUUCAGACCUCCUCUCUCUCUCCGUCAGCUCCGCAACACCAUCAGCUUGUCCAGCGCCCUCGUCCGUCUCACAGAGACGACUCAAACGUAAGCAGAGGUCCAAAGGCAAGACAGACCCGGUGGAAGUCAUCACACUGACGUGACAAAAGCUCCACAGACUCGUAUAAAAUACUGAGGCAUUGCAAAAAUGUUAUUGCCAUAUUCUGAACUGGUUUUACAAAGCUGUAUUAUCAUGAGACUGUCAUCACUGUGAAUGAGAUGAAAGCAGCAGUGUGAUUUAACACCCACCUCAUUCAGUGCCUGUUCUCAGUCGUGUGAUAGCUGAGCCAAUUUUAGAAGUGCACAGAACACAAAGUAUCUGUGAUAAGGAUAUCUUGCUGCUUGACAUAUUUCUUUUUUUAUUUCGAAUCCCAAAAAUUUUACACAUUUUAGAGAUGAAAAUUUGGCUGGUUGUUAUUUCCUAGGCCACCAUUUGACAGAGAUAGAAGAAAAAGAGGAUUUGACAGGAAGUAGAAGAAGAAGAAGCUGUUGUAGGUCAGUGAAAUUUUCCAUUGUCUCCUGAAAGUCAACGAUUGAUCUAACUCCUGUACUCUCUGCUGGACCUGAAGGGCCCCUCUGGGAAUUCCUCACCACAUAAGCUCUCAGAGGGGACGAAGAAUUCAUUGUUUUGAGCACAGCAGGCGAAGUCCGCAGCUCGAACACGCCUGCAGUGUUUGGUUUUAUUUUUCUUUCCCCCCUCUCUCUCUCUCUGUCCUGGUCAUCUCUUCUCUCCCAUCUCCAAAGUCGAGCCUUGUGGCAGAGCCGUCACAAACCCGGGUGAAAACGUGACCCUUUGGCUUUGAAGAACUAAAGUUUUAAUUUCAGUGUCUCCGGCACCACUCAAAGAAUUUAUCACAAACUGAUGUGACUGGACCAGCGUGGUGAAGGAGACGCGGACGUCGGUUGUGUAUUGUACAUAUGAAUUGCUGCUGCCUUCUUAUGAACUGUUGGUUCUGUGUCUGUGUUAAUGACUCCAAUGUUUACAUGAACCACUAAGUAUCAGGGACUUGAUCAAGAUUACUUGAAUAUGAUGCCAUUGAAACAUGCCAUAGCUUUUAUUUAUGAUCAAUUUGUUUUCAUGCUCUUGAUUUUUUUUUAAAUUUUAUUUCAUUUUUGUUUGAUGUAGUGUAGCUUUUUAUACCAACGUAGAAACAUACCAUUGAUUAAUUAUAGUGUUCCUUGUGUAGUGUUUCUUUGUGAAACUGUAUUUAGGCUCAGGUUUCAAGGCUGAAGCUAGCAGCCUUCCCAUUAUUCUGUGCUAUUAUGCUUUAAAGUGGAUGCUUAAUGCAGCAUCUGCAGGGGCUGGAAAAUUCCCUUUCUUCAUCACUGGACCGUAUUCUGCUUACAAGUCAGCAACUGAACGCACAAAACAGUCUGUUUGCAUCGCAGUGGAACAACCUCGUGGUCAUCGGUUUCUCGCACAAACAUCUGUAGUCAGUCGACGGUAAUUGCUUCCCAGAUUUCCAAAGCUGCAAUGCCCAAUCUUCCACUUCCUGUUCACGUAUAAACACAUCCAGAUUCCCAGUGUUGGUCACAAGGGUUGCCUACUGGUUGCCAUGGCGAUGCUGUGAACCCCAAGUUUUGUGAUGAUGACUGAAUUAUGACUGAAUUAGUGCUGCAACUAACAAGUAUUUUCAAAACUUCAAAAAUCAAUCUACUAAGCUGUAUUCACACUGCAAGCCCUAGCCCUCAUUUCUGAUGUAUUGAUUAGAUCUGAUCGCUUUCUUUUUAAAAAGGCCCAUAAGAUUCCAGUGUGAACAGGUCACAGUCCUGAAGUGAUCCAUAUGACUAACACACAGAGAGAGUGAAAUAUAUGGCACACUAAUUCUGAAACGACUGUUGAAUUUGAGGUCACAUUGCAAAUAAUCAGACCUGUAUCUGAUUUGGAUCACACAUUAUUAUGAAAGUGGACCAAAUCAGAAUUAAAAAGAUCAGAUUCGAUGUAAUUUGUGUUGUUCACACUGUGAUGAAAAAAAAAAAAAACUAUCUGAGGCCCAAAUCAGAUUUGGGACACUUGUGCCUGCAGUGUGAACAUAUGGUCCGUUUUUUUUUUUUUUUUAAAUGAUAGAAAAUAAUGAAAAAUGUGUGUUAUAAAUUCCCACAGCUCACAGUUUUAUAUUCAAAUGGCUUAUUUUACAUGACCAGCCGUCCAAAACCCAAAGAUAUUAAGUUCACUGUCAUUUAUGACAAUGGGAACUGGACAGAGAAUUUUGGGCAUAUUUGCAUCAAAAAUUACUAAAAUUAUUACUUUUCUGUCGGUCCGCUAAUCGAUUAGUCCACUAAUCAGUGCAGCUCUACUGUGUAGCCCAACUUCUGGGAUAAUGUUGACUCCACUGAAACUUAAUACUCACUCGGUGUUGUGGAAAAUCCGAAUGAUACGACGGUUGCCAUUUCUCACCUGAACCUCUUAUUCGUGCGUCAUUUGAAAGUUCUGACUGAAGACUUCAAACUGUUUUGCUUUGGACUUUGGACCAUCUUACCAUGUCGUGCCUCGUCCUCAGCAGCUUGAGCUGUGAACCUUAAAUUCAUAGUCGGCCAUGUUCUUUUUCUCAGAUAACACUACAUGAAGCCUUCUGAAACUGCAACUCUCAAACUAUUAUCACGAAUCACCAAAUGUUUUUGUUUUCCCGCCGCUGAAAAGGACGCGUUGAUGUGCAUCUCAGUGAUAUGAAGAUGCUUUUUUUGUUUUAACUUUGUCUGUACAGUUUUGUUAUAUUUUUUACAUUCCCUUUCAGCGUACUUUAGUUUAAGCUUUUUUUUGUGAUUCUCCUGAUGAAAGCUGUUGGUGUGAACUAGAUUUUUCUUUUAGAGUUCAACUUGCUCUUUUCCUCAUAAUUCAUGAGCAACUUCUCACUGAGGUGUCCAAGGUGCAAUAUGUUUUUUUUUUUCCCGUUUAAACUGACCACAGCCAUCACUGUCUUGUGUACACCACUGGUUCAUCUUUUGUAACUUAUUUUUGAUAAUUGUGUGAUUUGACUUGCUGUAGCUCGAUCCCCUCUAGAGGGCAGCGGGCUCUGAACACAAUGAAUAUGUUGCAUAUUGCAGCCACCUCCUUCUUUUGAGUGAUAUAGAUAUUACUGAACACUUUUGUCUUUUAGCUUUUUAGAGAUAUACCGUGCAUUUUUCCCUCCAGUGAAAGGUGCUGUCGUCACCCACACCAAACAACACUUUGUCUAAUGUGAUAGUAACGAAAUGACACCACAAACUUCCAAUUUAUAUUUUUGUAUUAUUUUGUACCAAUUUGUAGUCUUGGUUUAUGUGACACUGAAUGAUGGAAGGGAUUCUUUUUAUCAUAAUGUGCCAUGGAACAAUAAACACACAAGUGAACCGA